CUUUUUAAAAGUGAAGAUUAAAAUGAAAGUACCUAGACAUUAUUAAAAAAAUGGUGUGGUUAAUUUACAGAUGGUGGUUGCGUUACCAUUGGUAACGUCGAACAUCGACUGCGGUGGAAAAGCGUUCCAUUGUGUGAACUCAACACACUUUAUGAUAUGCGUGGAUCUUGGUGGUGGUGUCUCCAGUACCAUCGACAGCUUCGUCAUCCCCUGUCCACCGUCCACUGUGUGCGAAGGAAAUAACCAUUUUGAGUGCGAAUUUCCACGGACAACGACUGUAAUACCUAUAACGGAAAAAAAUGUGAUAAGUGAAUUAAGAUUUAGUGAAACGACAAUUACGGACACUAGUACAACUGUUAUUGAAACCAGGAGUGAAGUUCUUCCAACGGAGGCAAAUUUGAACACCGUGAGUACAACCACAUUGCAAGAAGAUAAUGUUACAACAGAUAUACCAGUUACUGGACCUAGUAUUUCAGAAAGUUCAUCUGAUUAUACAAAUAUAGUGUAUACUUUGACAACAGUACCAGAGGAAAUAACCACUGUUGCAAAUACCAUUAAUAUAUCUGCAACAACUCCCAGUGGUACUGGUUUAGCGGCAGACACAUUAUCACCAUCAACAUUUUCCACCAUAAGCGAUACAUUUACAGAAAACUUUGUAACUACUGAUACGACAUUGUUAAAAGAUUCUGAAACGGUGAAAAUUAAUGAAAUUUUAUCAGAACAAAGCGUAACGGAGACUUUGAAUAACACUUCUGAUAUUUACGCAACAGAAGGUUACUUUGCUGCUACAAAUGAUGUAAUUGUUUCAACAGUCAAUGAACCAUCUCUUGUAUAUAACACAAUAUCAAGAACAUCUCUUAAAAAUGACGUUAAUGUUACAGAAAAUACUGUAACUAUUGAAAGAUUAUUGUCAAAUUAUUCUGAAUCCGGAAUAAUAAAUGAAGCGAUAACUGAUGAAAUUACCACAGAAAUGGCUAAAAACACAGUAUUAAAAGAUAGUUAUACAACUGAAGGAUACUUUUCUGUUACUAACAAUAAGACCUCAACCAACGUACCAGCCAAAGUAGAGUCAAUGACUUCAAGAAAAACGUUUAAAAAUAAUGAACUCACUGGUUCAGAAAUCAAUAAUACUACUGACAAAUCAAUGUUAGAUUAUACUGAAUCUGUGACAAUAAACGAAACUGUGGCGGAUCAAAUCGUAACGGAAACAACAAUAAACGACGCUGUAACCAAUCUAAUCGUAACGGAAACUGUGACUAAGGCGUAUGACAGUUACACUACAGAAAGAUAUUAUGUUGAUGCAAAUACAAUUGCUACAACGAUAAAUGAACCAUCCGUAAUGGAAUCUAAUACUUCGGAUUCAAGCAAAACUAUUGAAAAUAAUUAUGUUACUGGUUCAGAAAAUAUUGUAAUUACUGAAAAAUCAUUACUGAAUAAUUCUAAAACUGUCACUAUAAACAAAACUGUAAGUGAUCAAAACAUUACAGAGACUUUGAAUACCGUAUACGAUACUUACACAACUGAAGGAUAUUUUAUUACUGCAAAUGAAGUUAUCACUACAACGAUCAACGAAGCAUCCGCUGUUGAGUAUAACAUUAGUAAAACAUUUGAAAACAAUCCUAGUACUCUUAUAGAAAAUAAUAUAACUACUGAAAAAUCAUUGUUAAACUAUUCUGGAUCGAUAAUAGAUGAAACUGUUACUGAUCGAAGUGUUACGGAGAUUUUUAAUAACGGAUAUGAUACUUACACAACAGAAGGAUAUAAUAUAAUUGUUACAAAUAAUGCGAUUGCUACUACAGUCAACGAACCAUCGGAAGUUGCGCAUAAUAAAUCUUUAGCAAACAAUACCUCUGAAAACAAUGAUGUUAAUGUAAUAGAAAACAGUGUAACUACUGAAAAGUCGUUGUUAAGUUCUUCUGAACCUGUGGCAAUAAAGGAAGCCGUAACUGACCAAACCGUAACGGAGAUUUUGAAUAACAAGUAUGAUACUUACACAACAGAAGGAUAUAUUGUUACAAAUAAUGAAAUUGCUGCUGCAGCCAACGAAAUAUCCGGAUUUGCGUACAAUAAAACCUCGGCAAACAAUACCUUUGACAACAACGUUAAUGUAACAAAAAACAGUAUAACUACUGAAAAAUCGUUGUUAAGUUCUUCAGAAUCUAUAGCAACAAACGAUGCUGUUACUGGACCAAACAUUAUGGAGAUUUUGAGUAGUAUAUAUGAUGCAACAACAGAAAGCUAUAUUGUUGUUACAAAUGAUGCAAUUGGCGUAAUAGUCAACGAACCGACGAUAGAAGACCAUGAAACAUCCAUCAAAUAUAAUACUUUUGUCAACAAUGCGGACCUAUCUACUGCAAAAGGGAUUAUUGAUACUACAGUAGGUACAUCUACAACAGUAGCAAAUGUAGAUAAUGUUAACACAGAUACCAUUGUUACCCAGUCUUUUGCAGAACUUAUUACUCCUGAACCAAGUCAAAGGUCUACUGAUAAUAUUUUAUCCGAAAUUGCAACAGAAAAACUUACAGAAGCAAGUGACUUAAAAUUAAAUAUGUCUGGAAUUCCUUAUGAUAGCACAAGUGUGAAUGUUGCACAGGACUAUUUUACGACUGAAAUCACUUUAAAAGAUACUUUAGCGAACAACAUAAAUGAUAUUGAAGAAAAUUUACAAACGACGCCAAUUAUACAGACGUCUUCUAUUCUUGUACUAGACACAGUGAAUGAUUGGAAUUUAGAAACCGGUGGAUUUCCACUAGAUGUAUUCGCGACUACUUCAACGAUAAAGACAGAAUCGAUUUUACCAGAAGAAGUGACAAUAUCAGUAUCUACAAAUGUACCUGCAAAUACUAGUCAAAUAAUAAACGAAUAUAACAAUGGAUUAUUAUCAAAUAAUGAAUUUACAACGAAUAGUUUUGUAAGUGAUAAUAGUUCACAUGAUACAGCUACACAAAAAAUUGAUAAUUUACAAGAUAUUGCAACUACGGCUGGAAAUAUAACAAACAAUAAUAUGAUAGCGACUAAUACUAGUAAAGUCGACUAUACAGAAGCAUCAAUAAUAAAUUCGGUGAACCCCGGUUUAGAUACUACGACAAUAUCAACAGAAAAUAAGCCUAAUGUUAUCGUAGAAAGCAGUGAUACACUUGUGAAAACCACUGAGGGAACUGUUAAUGAAUAUAACUCCAUGGCAUCUACGUUUGAUGAAAUGGUGUCCACAGAUGCUACAAUGCCAGGAAGUGAAAUUAUCUCUACAACUCUCGAUGAAAGGAAUGCAACAGUUUCUUUAAAAGAAAGUACUGUGACUAAUUCUUUUGCAGACACGGAAAAAGAAUAUUUUACCCCUUUAGCCACUGACAUCACAAACCUUAAAAAUGUUACUGAAUCUAUGACUGAAAUUUCACUUGUGAUUAACGACUUCACGGAGAGUGUUGAUAAAGGUGGUGAUAAUUUACAAAAAGAAAUUAUAAAUAGAACUGUGGAUAAUGUUAGCAUAAAUGAAACUAACUUUAAAAGUGAGAAUAUUAAUGAAGCUUCUAGGGCUAAUAUGACUGAUGAUUUGCAAUCACGACAAAAUAAUUUGUACGAUAAUAAUAAUGAAGGAAUUUUGAAAAACAACAAUCAGAAUGUUUCUGUUCAAAUAUCAAGUGGAUCUGCAGAUGUCUAUAAAACUACAAAAGAUUCAAUAAAUCAAAGCUCUCUAAUCGAAUCUAAACCAUUAUUAGAGGUAUUGGCAAAGGAAUAUUACGAAAAUGAAAACAACACUAAUAAUGCGCUAUUAGCGAAGAAUAUAGAAAAUGAAUCGAAUGUGGAUGCACAAACAAUUUCAUCACCACAAAAUACUAUACCAGUUAAAGAACAAAUAAAUAUAAGCAAUGGCUUACAAGCUAAGUCGGAAAAUAAUGCAGGGACACAGUCAUUAGUAAAUGACCAAAAGCUAAGUCAAGAUGUAGAGCUACAAAUUGACACCAUCAAUCAAACCAAAGUACAUUUUGAGGAAACAAAUGUUUUGCCUAUAUCAGAUAACGGUACGUUAGAUGAUUCAUCAACACUUCAACAAAAUGUUAGUCAAAACUCACAAGCCAGUACAAUCAAUGUAAUCAAUAACAUCAUACCUGAUGCAAUAGUUAUAACAUCAACAUCGGAUGAAGCCUUAUUACAUUACUCUUCGGCACCNUCGGCACUUGAUCAAAAGCUAGAACAACAUGCUCCAGCUAGUGCAAUUAAUGUCAUAAACAAUAUAGAGUCACCUGUUGAAACAGUUGUUGCAUCGGCCACAGAUGAUACUCCAUUACAUCAGUCUACAGCGCUUUAUGAAACAUUAGAUCAACAUGGCAGUACCAUUAAUGUCAUAAAUAAUAUAAAGUCUUCGGAUAUAACUGCAACAUCAAGCUCCGAUGAUAGUUUGUUAUACCCGUCUUCGGCCAGUGAUCAAAAGCUAGAUCAGUAUGCUCCAGCCAGUAUAAUAAAUGUGAUCAAUAAUAUUGAGUCUUCUGAUGUCAUUGUAACAACAAAAUCUGAGGAUAAUUCAUUACAUCAGACUUCAGGACUUGAUCAAACACUACACCAACGUCCGUCAGCUAGUACUAUCAACGUGAUCAAUAAUAUAAAAUCAUCUGAUGUAAUCGUAACGUCAUCAUCCGUUGAUACUUCAAUGCAACAGCCUUUAGUACAUGAUCAAACUCUAGAUCAACAUGCAUCAACUAGUAAUAUUAAUGUGAUAAAUAAUAUAAAGUCCUCUGAUGUGUCAGUUACAACGAUAACGUCAGAUGGAACUCCUUUACAUUAUUCUCCAGAUUUGGAUCAAAUAGAAGCACCAACAAGUUCAAAUAAUGUAAUAAACAGCACAAUGCCUUCGGAGGUAACAGUUGAAACUUCAACAUCAGAUGACAGCUCAUUACAUAAUUCUUUGGCACUUGACCAAACGCUAGAUCCACAAGCAAUAAUUUCGACAAAGUCUACUGACGGCACAAAAGCAACCUCGGAUGGUAGUGGUUCAGGCCAGUCAUUAGUAGUUGAUCAAAACAUGGUUCAAAAUGCGGAACUGUCUUCCGCAACACACACAGUUAAUACUACUGAUGUCACUUCUAACAAAACGACUAUUUUGGCAGUAAAUGAAGAUAGCAGAAAUUCAAAUAAAGUAAUAGUGUCGUCUGGAAAUAUAAUCAGUAUAGUAUCAAACUAUGGCUCUACUAACCAACCACCGAUUGAUCAGAAGCUAAAUCAAGCAGCAGAAAUAAGUUUGACAGAAACAAUUGACAAGACUAGCGUGACUUUAGGUGACACAAAAGAAUCUCUUACAACAACUGAUAAUUUAAAACAAUCGUCGUUUUCUGAGGAUAAAGGUGUGAUGUCGCCAAAUAUUGGUACAAAUGUUGGUAACUCUGAAGGUACCACUAACGAGAAUAAUGAAAGAGAAAAUAAAACUUUGCCGUUAGAUUCAUCAUCACCUGUAUCGAUCGCGGAAGCCAAUGUACAUAAUCAUUCAGAAGGAGCCUUGGGGAAACCAAAAAUAUUACCAAAUAUUUCCAAUAAUGUAGGUGUUGCUACAACAGUCGAUGUCACAACUAUUUCACCGAGAAGCACUGUACAUUCUUCGACCCAGAGUUUGAACGUCGAUUCGAACAGUGGCGACAGUGUCAAAAAACCAGUAGAUACAUUUUGUUUCACCCGAAAUCGUGGAAGAUACGCUGAUCGAGAUGACUGUACGAAAUUCUACAUUUGUAUCGGAAAAACUGAGCCUAUUGUAGGAAAAUGUCCAGCAAACACAGUUUUCAGUGAAAUUAAGAAACAAUGUACCAAAAACAGAUCGCACUGCAUCAGGGGAAAUGAAUUCCAAUGUAUAUCUGAAGGUAGAUUCAGUGAUGUAUUCAGAAAUAAUGCUUAUUACAUAUGUAUAAGAAGACAUAACAAUUUCUAUAGAUUUAAAUUUCAAUGUCAAAAUGGAUAUUACUUGAACAAAACAACAGUGAAAUGCACUCAACAAUUACAAACAACGACACAAUCUUCUACUUCUGUGGACAAUAGUAACAGCGAGAAAAGUGCGAGUGAAGGUGUAAAUAGUAAAGAAAAUAAAAGUAAAAAGGACAAAGAUAUUCAAAAAGAAAGUAAAUCUGGUGAAGAGUUUGAAUGUAAAAAGGAAGGCAAGUUCCCUGAUCCCGAUAACUGUCGAAAGUAUUACGUGUGUACGAAAACGAAGAAGUCCGAGUACCGUAUGAAGAGAAAGACUUGCGAUUCCGAUGAAGUUUUCCACAAGAAUAAAAAGAAAUGCGUGGACGCAGAUAGUUAUGAAUGUUAGGAGGCGCUAGAUGAAAACAAAUUCCAUACUUUAAUCUUUUCCAUUAGUUUCGUAACUAUGUUUUUAAUUAUAAAAUGUAAAUAAUUUGUUUACUUAAUUGUUUAUUUCUUAAGAUGUUAAAAUUGUUAAUAUAAUUUACUUUGUCUGUAUUAAAAAUAAAAUAAAAACAAUUUUGGUUUUUAUGAAUUGUCUCCUACUGCUAAUUAUUUAAAAAGUUAAUCUUACGGGUAGUCACAGUCUUA